GGCUUUAAAUUGGAAUAGCCUCUGUGUGCUGCUAUGGGAGUCUCCUUUAAAAAAAAACACCCUGUCGCGUCACUGGAUGCGGUUGCCGGAGCCGGGCACGUAGCCUGCCAUCCCCGCUCAUACUCCCACCGCUGGUAGGCCUGUUUUCCCCUCUUCUUCCUAACAUAUCUUCCUUCUGCAUCUUUUCUCUGUGCGUGAAUUCGUUGUUUGAAUCUUUGUCGCUCGGACAUACAGUGUACCCGGUCACCCUGAUGAGUCCUGACAGAGCCGCGCUAAUGACUUUCAGUAACCUCUAACGUUACUGCAGGAAUACCGCACCGCGCAGGGGGUAAGAUUAGAUCCCUUAGUGUGUAAAUACCCUAUGUCCUAUUAAUAAUACACACUAGCUGCUGUGGGAGACCAGGUGGACCCUCACUUGGUGCAAUGCGUCAGUGCAGCAAAUUGGAGAUUAAACCAAAGACAAAAUCUGGUCUGUUUGUGACAUGAACUGUCUUAAAAUGGCACCUAUACACUUUUUUCUGUGCCUUUAAGCUACAUUGCGCAAAAUUAUUUUAAAGAUAGAUGUGCAUCCUUAUAUAAAAUCUCUGUAUAUAUGUUAGGUUUACAUUUAAAGGGUUUGAAGGGUUAAACUCUUAAUAUAACAUGAUUUAUUUUUUUAUGUAUGGUUUUGUGGUAUAUUUUUUGGGGCACAAAUUUUCGGUAUAGAAAACCUGCGACCUAAGACAUCUGUCACCAGUUUGACAACACAUGCACAAUGAUUAAAACAUGCUGCAAGGUGAGAAAACAUAACCAAAUGCAGAAACAAGGUGCAAAUAGAGAAAACAAACAAAUUGGUCUACAGAAACAAGAUGUGGAUACAGAAAACAAACAAACACAGAGACACUUCAAAAAGCACAGACAACAAUGAAACUGUUUUCCAGGGACACUAAAAAGGUUUGAUGUUUGCUAUGGUGACCCAGUUGAAGUCAACUAUCCAACAGUGGAAUGAAAUAUACAGUCUCUGAAAUGUAGUGGAGUAGAAGUAUAAAGUAGUACAACUGUGCAAAGUAGAUUUAUUUAUUCCCAUCUCACCACUGCUGGUUUUGUCUUUACCAUUUAUGUUAAAAGUAUGGUGUGACACAGCGGCUCAAGUUACAACAUAUGCCUGCAAAAUUUCAACUAUGUAAAUAUGGAGCUGGCGCUGCUCUGAGGUCUGGCCAUAUAAACAAAUACCUAAGUGAUUUUUUUCGCCGGCAUUCUUAAGCAAUGUCUGUGCGGGUGGAAAACUUUGAUAAGGAAGUGUAUGACUGUAUAUUGCAUAUCAGACACAACCCUGGUGAUCUGUAGAUUCUUCAAGAUCAAAACAGUUUGGAGAGGUACCACCACUCACCAUUUUCUCCAUACACCAAAGAUGACAGCUCACACGGCGGCAAAGGACCAGCGUUUUUUGGUGUUUUUCGACUUUGAUGAGACCAUCAUCAAUGAAAACAGUGACGAUGCUGUGGUACGUGCUUUGCCGGGCCAACAGCUCCCUGACUGGCUGAAGAACAGCUACAGGGAGGGGCACUACAACGAGCACAUGCAAAAGGUCUUGGCCUAUAUGGCAGACGAGGGUGUGACUGAGGACUCCAUCCAUUCAGUAGUGGAGAAGAUCCCUCCAGCACCUGGACUCCUGAACCUCUUCCAGUAUCUGCAGAGCCACCAGCAGGACUUUGAGAUCGUGGUGGUCUCUGAUGCCAAUAUGUACUUCAUUGAGACGUGGCUGGAGCGUGCUGGGGUGCGUCACCUUAUCCAGAAGAUUUUUACAAAUCCAGCCAGCUUUGAUGCAACUGGCCGGCUUGUGCUGCUCCCCUUUCACUCCCAUUCGUGCUCCCGUUGUCCUAACAACAUGUGCAAGCAGAUGAUCCUUAGGGAGUAUCUGGCAAGCCGGCAAAAGAAAUGUGGUGGUUCACCCUUCCAGAGGGUAUUCUAUAUUGGAGAUGGGGCCAAUGACAUCUGCCCCUCAUUGGCUCUGGGUCCGCGGGACACAGCCUUCCCCAGGAGGGACUUCCCCAUGCACAGGCUGCUGCUGAGGAUGCAGCAGUCACAAGCAGCCAAGUUCAAAGCAAACAUAGUUCCUUGGGUCAGCGGGGACGAUGUUGUGGACUGCCUGAAGACAAUAAUGGCUGAGAGAUGAGAUGUGUGUGUGUGCGUGUGAAAAAGAGGGCAAGUAUAACUAAGAUGCAGCAGCAUAUGAUUUUACCUCAGCCACACUUGGUGCAAGAUGCAGCCAAUCUGUGUGCACACUGUAUAUCGGAAUCACCUGUAUUCUUUCGUUUAGUAGUUUGACACUUUGGAAAUAUACUUAUUUGCUUUCUUGUGAUGAGUUAGAUAAAAAGAUCAAUGCCACUCUGAUGUCUGCUUACUUAGGAAGCAGCAUUAGCAGUUACAAAGCAGCCAGUGUAAAAUCCAGAAAGUUACUGCACCGGGUCAAGGAGUAGUUGGGCUGUCAAAUGGCAAUAGUCAUUUGUACACUUCGGUUUUUGCACUAAUUAAAUAAAUGACAUAUAAUGUGUUCAUUUAAAAAAUGUAUUUAUUUAGGUUCCAGUCUUUAACCUAAGGCAAGAUAAUCUGCAAGCAUAUUUACCACACAGACAGGAGAGUGGUAUUCUCAUGCAUUCUUUCCCUGCAAGAAAGCAAUUGAGCGUAUUUCCCAAAAAGAAUAUAUCAUUUUCUAUUUUAACAGCAUUUUCAGCACUCCCCAUACAGAGACUAAAACCAACAAAGAUUGCCUCUACCCACUGUUAAUGUCUGUCAGUUUGUCACUCCUAGAUCACCUUAUUCAUCUGUACUAUAAACCUCCAUUCAAGCUCAAAAAUGAUUAAAAACACAUCAAGGAAGCACACCGCUGCCCUGGUUGACAUGUUCCUUCAUUACAAAACACCACACUCUAAUAGAGUGUCUCAGUAGUGAGUCCUAAAACACAGAACUGAGUACUUCCAGUUUCUUCAGUUUGGUUAGAUGCCUGAAAAAAAAGGCCAGCACAUUUUCAUGUUUUAUUCUGUGACACAUAAAAUACACAAAUAAAUACCCAGCCGCGUCUCAAGCACAAUAUAAAAAUCCCACUGGCUUUUUGUGGAGGGAACCAGAGUGAUGCUAACUUUAGGCUGGCCUAUGAAAAUACAUCCUCCCUUUGGCACUCUAUAUUUGUUAAGAAUAUUCAGAGAUCUUGUGCAUGGACAUGUGAUUCUUUCUUACUUCAGAUGCUGUAAAAGGUUUUGGUCGCUCAGAGCCUUUGGGGCAACAUUUAAAAAAAAAAGUCAGGGUCUGGCGUUUUGUAACAAGGAACCAUGUCACCCAGUGCAGUGGUGUGUUUCACUGAGGUGUUUUUAAUUGUUUUUCAAUAACUAUGGAGGUCUAUGGUACAGACAAAUGAGCUCAUCGAGGACUGACAAAUUGACAGACAGUGAGUAGAGGCAAAUCACUGCUGCCUUUAGUCUCUGUAUGCAGAAUUCUGAAAAUACUGUUAAAAUGAUUGGCCUUAUCAUUUAAUUCAUUAGUGUUACAUGGACAUGCAGUAUAAUACUCCCAUUGGAAUGCAAAUAAAAAGCUCAGUGGUUAAAA